ACCAGACGCGGGAUCUGGCAAAGCAAGGAGGGUCGUGGCUGGCCGAGUGGGGUUACAUAACAGGAAUCCCUUAAUAUGAGUGAUGAUAAACCUUUUCAAUGCACUGCACCUGGCUGUGGACAGAGAUUUACAAAUGAAGACCACUUGGCUGUCCACAAGCACAAACAUGAGAUGACCCUCAAAUUUGGUCCAGCAAGGACCGACAGCGUCAUUAUAGCUGACCAAACGCCGACACCUACACGCUUUUUGAAGAACUGCGAGGAAGUAGGGCUGUUUAAUGAACUCACAAGCCCUUUUGACCACGACUUCAAAAAAGUGGCUGAAGAUGACGUUAAGAAGCUGCCGCUGGAUUUGUCACCUCUCGCUACUCCGAUCAUACGCAACAAAACGGAAGAGCCCACAGCACAGGAGGCCAAUCGAGGUAGCCCGCUGCCUCACCCAGAAUCAACCACAAAUGAUGACAAGGACUUAUCUUUGCAGCCAGCCUCACUGCCAACAUCCACUAUAGUCCAUCCUGCAUCCCUCCAAGUUCCCAAUGUACUUCUAGCAACCUCAGAGGCUAAUGUUAUACAGCAAGCGCUCCCAUCGCCAACAUCUAGCUCUGUUAUUACCCAAGUCCCAUCCACUAAUAGGCCUAUAGUGCCAGUGUCUGGCGCCUUCCCUGUGCUCUUACAGCUGCCUAACGGGCAGACCAUGCCAGUCGCCAUUCCAGCACCCAUUACCAGUUCCAGUGUACAUAUUCCAAUUGUCAGACCUGUCUCCAUUGUGCCUAAUGUCCCCGGCAUCCCCGGACCCCCUUCGCCACAGCCUGCUCAAUCAGAGGCAAAACUGAAAGCAGAAGGCUCACAAAGCCAGCAGCUAACCAACGGCGAUGGCAGUGAAGUUCAAAGUAGCGCCAUAACGCACACUGCUGCUUUUACGUCUCCUGCCCCGAUUCCAUCCCCUACCCCCUCCACAUCUCUCUCCCUGACCCCUGCCUCCAACCUGCCUGCCCCUGAAGACCUCUCUCCGCAUUCCCUUCAGCAGCCCGCCACCUCAACCACGGAGACACCUGCUUCUCCAGUGGCCCCGGCACAAAACCCUCCGAGCACAGGGGGUCGGCGGCGCAGAACAACAAGCGAUGACCCAGAUGAGAAGCGGCGCAAGUUCCUGGAGCGAAACCGGGCUGCAGCCUCACGCUGCAGGCAGAAGAGGAAAGUGUGGGUUCAGUCCCUGGAGAAAAAGGCGGAUGACCUCAACUCCAUGAAUGGACAACUACAGAGUGAAGUCACCCUGCUGAGAAACGAAGUGGCUCAGCUGAAGCAGCUCCUCUUGGCUCAUAAAGAUUGUCCUGUAACCGCCAUGCAGAAGAAGUCUGGCUAUCACAUGGCGGACAAAGACGAGAGCUGCGAGGAGAUGUCCGUCCCCAGCAGCCCGCAGACCGAGGCCAUCCAGCACAGUUCUGUCAGCACCUCCGACGGGGUCAGCUCCUCCUCCGCCCCGGCCUUCCCGGCCCCGUCCAACCAGAGCACAGACGAGAGCCAGCCACCGAGUCUGCCUUCAGGGAGUUGAUCGUCCCAAAGUUCAGUGCUCUUUAAUGUCUCCAACACACACACAGGGAAGGGAGUGUCCUCCUGCCUCAUGUUCUUCUUAUUUAACAUAAUUUUUUCAAAACAUAUUUUUGGUCCAUGUUGGCAAUGUUUUCCCUUGAAGGGAUGAAGGAACAAGCACUUUAAUUUUUAUUUAUUUUAUUUAAUUUUAAUUUUUUUUUUUUUUUUUUUUUUUUUUUGUAAUUGUAUUUAAAACUUGACUGGUACUGUAGUUAAAAAAUAUAUAGAUCAUGUGGAAUGUAGUGUUGAUUAAUCAUGUUUUAAAGGGGAACUGCACUUCUUUUUUUUUUUGUCUAUUUUUCACAAUCAUUGUGCAAGACAAGAACACGGAUGUAUUUUUUUUUUUUUUUUUGCAUUUUAAAAAAAACGCUCGUGAGAUCCAGCUAAUGGGAGUCACCUGUGUUACCUUAAGCCCUCUAAAACCGCCGCUUCAGAAACCUCCAUCAAGGUGUGUGUGCGUGUGUGUGUGUGUGUGUGUGUGUGUGUGUGUGUGUGUGUGUGUGUG